GACAAAACGUUGCGUUUUAUUAAAUUAUUACAGACGAAAAAUCUGUCUGUAAUUUAAAAUUUUCCAUCGAAAAAUAUUAGAUUAAACCUAAUUCUACCCCACUCUUUCGAGCUCCAUUCACACUCCACUCAACUAAAACGAGCUCCUUCCUCUCUCCUUCCACGAGCUUCUUCUUCCGCCGCUGGCGCCGCCGCUUGCGUCGCGUCUCCUCAUCGCACGAGUUUCAGUCACAUCUAAUUCGAAUCAAUUCAACAAUGGCCGUUGUGGCUUCACCUUCCUCCAGAAACCAGACGCCACCCUCCUCGUGCUCCUUUUCCUACCCCUUCGCUUCAUACACCUCCGCCAAUUUCGCUCCCGGAGCCUCCCCCUCGUCCCCACGUGCUUCUCCUUCUCUUUGGCCACCAUCGGCAUUUUUCUUCCACCUCUUCGCCACCGUGUCCAACAUCGUCAUCCGUGAGAUUCUCCUCGGAGCAACCACCAGGCUCCCCCGGACAACACUCCACGGCUAUAAAGAGGCUGCUCUCAAGGCUGGCAAACAAACACAGGAUGGGAGAGAUGAGGAAAUCACAGCCCUUCGUGUGGAAAUUCAGAAUCUAAAAGAUGAUGCAGCAGUAGCUUUUGAACAACAGCAAGAAGCUUUCGAUUGCAUCUCAUGUAUUUUGAUCUCUGCCUCCAAAGAAGAAGAGAAGGAUUUCGAUUACCUUAAAUUCUGAAAGCAAUUUGUGUACGGAUUUGGAAAUGUACUUGUUGGAGAGCAAGGCGGGUGCCAUAGUUUGCAUGCUUUUAGCCCUUUUCUUCUUGGGGACAUGGCUUGCUAUCUUGACUUUGUUAGAGAGGCGAGGGCGUCUUCCUUAGCAUACUUAUCUUAAUUACUCGCUCACCAAUUUCUUUGCUGCUCUUUUCAUUGCAUUCAUAGUUGGUGAGAUAGGCAAGAGCACACCAAGUGAGCCAAAUUUUUUAGCUCAACUUGCUCAGGAUAAUUGCCCUCUGUUCUGUUUGCAAUGGGGGGUGGUGUGGUCCUAAGCCUUGGAAAUCUGGCCUCGCAAUAUGCUUUUGCUUUUGUUGGGUUGUCAGUUACUGAAGUUAUCACUGCAAGCAUAACUGUUGUUAUAGGCACAAGAUUGAAUUACUUUUUGGAUGGAAAAAUUAAUAGAGCUGAGAUUCUUUUUCCUGGAGUUGGUUGCUUUCUGAUUGCAGUUUGUCUAGGUUCUGCUGUUCAUUCUUCAAAUACUGCUGAUAAUAAAGUCAAACUCAGCAAUUUAUCAAGUGAUUAUAACGCUGGAUCAGUGGACUCUUUCACAGAGGGAGGUAAGAAGCUCAGAUAAGAAGCAGAGAUAGACUGCCUCAAUCGGAUAUACAUUCGGCAGCGGCAUGUUCAAGAUGAAUGAAGUGAAGGGUGGCAGUCCAUACGGUGUCCAAACUUAUACUGGUGGUGAUGGAUCAAGACAACCAACUAAACUUGAAUUGGAGCAAGCAUUCCACCAAGGCAAGUAUAUUGCCACCAUCACUAAGAGGCUCAAGAAAGAAUGAAGCUAUCAAUAAAUUAGGAUAUUGAAUCCUGAUGAGUCCACUAGUAGUUACUUGUCAUCUAAUGUAUUCAGAUUGUAUUAUUGCAUGGAAAUAAUUGCUUCUUAUUAUAAAGAAAGCGCUUUUAGUAGUUACUUGUCAUCUAAUGUAUUCAGAUUGUAUUAUUGCAUGGAAAUAAUUGCUUCUUAUUAUAAAGAAAGUGCUUUGUACUCA